UCGGGAGAUUCGGGACAUUUCCCGCCAGGCCGGCCGGCCUACGUUAUAUUUGAUUUGGCCCAUCACGGGCUCGAGCGGCCGCUAGUCGACCUAUAUUUGUUUAUAGUCUUCACAAGAUAAUCACUAUUAACUUUCUGACCCUAAGAAGUAACCCAAAGCUCAUUUGACACAUUGAAAAUGCCAACCACUAUAUAAACCACUCAUUUGCGAUAUAUAGGCCUACCUUAGUCAUGGUUACCUUACAUAUUAAUUACAGGCAUUCAUCUCAAUUCUCUCUCAUCAGUGCAUUGGUAUGUAGCCUUUGGGUGUCUUGAUUUAAUUGUUCAUAUAUUAUUAAAGUGUUAUUUAAGUAUUUUUGUCACAAAUAAAUUCAAAAUAGAACAGCAAAGCCUCCUGGGAAUCGCAAAUACGUUUGCUAGGUCAAGUCUAUUACGGAAAUGUAGGGGGAUAGAUGAGCGUCCCCUCCUUUAAUGGCAUGACCCUUUAGCCUGAAUCAGUGAACGUAGCGUUUUGAUAGUGAACGGAUGCAGGUGCUUGCGUGAUUAAUAUGGAAGGCUAGAAGAGGAAAGAGAAAGAGGGGGCUGAAAAGGGCAGAAUUAAGAAGAAGCGACUGCUGGAGGAGCAUGCAUCUAAAUAAUCAACAACAGAUCCGUAGCCAAGUCCACGGCCAUCACGAGUGCAGGUAAAUUUGACAGAAUGAAAAACACUGACACAAACUCAACUACGUUACUAUUGCUAGACGGAAAAUAUCACAAGCUAAUUAACUCAUUUAGCCUACAUUUCAAAUUUUCAAACGAAUCAAUGGCUUAAAGUUUUUUUCAGUGGCUAACAUAGCUUGUCCAAACAGUUGGACAUUUUCAAAACUCUAAGUCUCCCAGUUAGCACAGCAUCCGUCUUUUGUGGCCAUACAGUAGCCUACCAUUCACACAUUUCAUGUCGUUUUCGCACAAUAUGCAGGCAGUGAACAAUGCUUACAUUUUCUCAACAGACAAGUUAUACCUCUCAACAAAAUUAUGGAUCGUUUUUCUAUUAUUUAAAGAUAUUAACACACAACAUCCUACAAUUAAAACAAUAUUCCAAACCUUAACCUCUGCCUCUGCAAUGGUAUCAGUUCAAAAACAAUAUCUCAGCUGAUAAUAAACAAACAAUUGAAUAAUUGGCACACAAAUGAUUUAUGUUGGGUAUGGGGCCAACCACAGCUGAUUCCAGUCUGUCUUAGACUCAGUGGCAUAUCUCUCUAUUACAUUGACAUUUGAAGGAGGAGGUGAUGUUUUUGGAAACAGAAACAGAAAAAGACAUACUGUAAUAUCUGGAUGAGGAAGAGUAAGAACAAGGGGCCCAGGGAGAAGAGCACACGCAGUGAGAGGUGCAGUGAGAGGUGUAGGAGGUGCAGGAACAGUGAGAGAAGCAGUGAGAGGUGCAGCAGGAGGUGCAGGAGCAGUGAGAGGAGCAGGCCCAAGGAGAGGGCAAGGUAGAGAUGUAAGAAUGCGUGGUGGUGGUGGCAUUUUUUUGGUUUGGUAGGGGGCCGGUGUGGUCAGAAUAUUCCCGGUGGAUUUUUGUGUCCCACUCCGCCCCUGACCAUCUAUGACCUGGAGGUUGAGGAUUCUGGUACUUACUGGUGUGGAGUUCAACCUGGUGGAAGUUAUACCAUCUUGCUCAGAAAAACGAUGCUGCAAGUCUCAGAUGGCAAAAAGAGUCCAGAGUCCUGGGUGUUGAUAGUAGUGCUGGUGUUGAUAGUAGCACUGGUGUUAGCAGUUGCCCUUUUCUUGCGCUACAAGCACAGAGAGAAAGAAAAACAGGAUCGAUCAAACAUAGUGAUCUACCACAAAACAGAGAAUCUGGACCCAGAUGGAAUCUAUGAGGAGAUUGAGGACAUUGGUCCUCCUCCCCUUCCUCUGACUUCAAGAUGCAACUAUAUCAACGUAGACAAUGCAGGUGACCCAACCUACUACACUAUCCAGUCACCCCCAAACCUUCCUGAUGAUACAGGCCUCCACCUUCUCUCCAAAAAAUCUCACACCCAGAUCAACACCGUCUAUGCCAAUGCUGAAGCACCCACAAUCCCUGGUGUCCCCACAUACUCAAACAUCCAGUCACCAACACACACUUCUGCUGACACACACCCUAAGACUGGUUCUGAUGAAAUCAAUAGUACAGUCAGCACUGUCUAUACUACAGCACAAUGUCCCAGUAAUCCCACUAGAAUCCCCACACCACACACUGAACAGCCAGACCCCACAAACCCAGUAAACCAGGAACCCAAAUACACCAAUGAGGACACUGUGACUAAGACUCCUCAUUCACCCACACACACCUCUGAUGACACUGACUAUUCUAUGGUCUGUAGCCCAACAAGUACCCAAAUCAGUACGGUUUAUGUCAAUGCAGAACAAGUUGCGAACAAUUUUGGCCCAAUGGGCGCUGACAAAAAAGUACCCUCAAAACCAAUUGAUUCACAAUUAUUUGCUAAAUUAGAAACAAGCUACUCAGGGUUGUCAGCUGUCUGUAUUCCACCAUAUACAACACACACUGCCCUCCAUACAACCCCCUCCAUAUUACCCUCACACGAAAAUACUGAUGCCCUAUACCCCAAUUUCCAGGUACCCAUAAACACUGACAGUGAACAUACUCAUGCCCCUGAACCCAUGACCUUAGCUGAUGACCCUAACAUGUUUCCUAUUCAUGUUUCAACAAACCCCAGUCCUGACCACAUACGCACAUCCAACAUUCAAGCAUUCCGGGGUUCUUCAAACUGAAUAUUCCACAACCACAAACAGCCAUCAACCCAGUAAACCCCAAUAGUGAACAAACACACACACACACACACACACACACACACACACACACACACACACACACACACACACACACACACACACACACACACACACACACACACACACACACACACACACUAAUGUCCAGAGUCACACACAUUCCAAUGAUGACUCCACAACAGUAUACCCCAACUAUUCCUAGUAAUGUUCCAAUAAACCUGAAUGUUGACCACAAAGGCUUCACUCAUCAGUGCUCUGCAGUCUCCACUGAUCAAUAAUGAACUGCCACAGCUUGUGUCCCAAUGAUGUGCAUUCGUGUUUUUAUUUUGAUGAAUAUAAACCAUACAACAAACCCCAUGCUCAGCCCAGUAUGAUCCAUAAUCCAUGUCUUCUGUAACACUGUUUGAUGUGUUUUUUAUCACCCUCAGGAAAGUCAACAAUUGGUUUAGUGUAAUAAGUUUUCAUUAAUGAUCUUAUUGUACUUCAUCUUCGCUAACCUAGGCUUAGCAUUGCCACUGUUAAUUGCACUAGCACUGCGCAUCGCUUUAGCCAAAAUUCUCUGAAUGCAUCUGUAUUGCCUAGGCCUGCCUCAACAUGUCUGUGAGAAAUAAAUUACAUAUUUUCUCAAUAUGUUUCUAAGAUUGCCAUUUUCUUAAAUGAUUGUCACUGUACAUACAGUAAAUGAAAGAUGACA